UAUCUCCCUCGCUCUCUCUCUCUAGUCUCUCUCCUCCCAGCAGACUCUCUCUCCACGCCUCACGAGCACGCCCACCAGGAGAGGCCUCGCAUCGCAUCACCACAAGACACCAAAGACUAGACAGCUCAGGCUUCUCUCCACUCCCCUCCCCGUCCCCCAACGCGUUUUCCCCCUUUCCUCCUCUCGCCGCCGCCGCCGCCGCCGCCUGCAUUCCGUCGAGCAACUCCGCCCGGCGGCCAUGGCGAAGCUCGCGCUGGCGCUGCUGCUGCUCCUGGCCGUGGCGGCCGCGGCGUCGGCCGCGGCGCCCAUGGACCUGGACCUGGGCUUCCUCGCCUCGGGCGGCGCCGGCGCCGGGGCCCGGCGGGAGUGCCGCGGUACCGUGGCCGAGUGCCUGGCCGAGGACGAGGAGGCCGAGCUGGGCGGCUCCGCCUCCGCCGAGUCGCACCGCCGCGUGCUCCAAGGCCGCGGCUACAUCAGCUACGGCGCGCUGCGCCGGGACAACGUGCCCUGCUCCCGCCGCGGGGCCAGCUACUACAACUGCCGCCCCGGCGCGCAGGCCAACCCCUACCACCGCGGCUGCUCCCGCAUCACCCGCUGCCGCGGCUGAGCUCCCUCCUCAGGUGCCCUCCGCCGCCGGAUCCGCCGAUGGGAGCGGGGAAAGGCCGGAUCUUUCGCCGCUCCUCCUCCGAGUCCUAAAAAAAUAAGUUCUUUUUUUUCCUUCUGCUGCUGCUGUUUACAAGUACUAGAGCUAUGGAUUUGUUGGUUGCCGCUGUAUGGAUUUGUGUUCGUCGUGCUGUUGUAAAGUAAGACAUGGAUUGAUUCGUGCCCCUAUGGCUACUUAAAUAUGAACAUAUACCCUUAUUCUUUUGAUUGA